UUUAAAAAAUCCUUCAAGAGUGCUUCAUUUACAACUUUGAUUUUUCCCAAAGAGAAUGUCAACAUUUACCACUUAGGUUAUCUAAAACAUGGUCUCUUCUAUAAAAACUUAAUUUGAUGACUUUGUUUCACUCAAUGCAGUGAUAUGUACUUAUAGCUACUUAUGUGAGGAAGAUACAUGGACUAGAGAUGUAUGUACUCAUAAAAGAUAUAAUUCAUACAUUUAUGUCCAGGUGAUGCAAAGAAGAAGAAAGAUGAGGCAGCAGUUGAAAUGAGGCAGAGGUCCAUGGAGAAGUUUAGUGAGACCCAAAAAAGGAAGCGGGCCAUUAGCGAUGCUGAUGAUGAUGACAAUGAAGUUGUUUUAGUCCAAAACAACAAGAAAAAAAGAAAGACAGGAUCGGAAACAGUGAAGUAUUUGAGAGAAAAGAUGGAAAUGCAGAUGGAAAUGAAAGAAAAAGAAAUUGCAUUGAGAAAAGAUGAUAAAUCUGCCGAGGAUUCUCUUGUGAACAUGCUCAUGAAGCAGCAGCAUCAGUUUAAGCAGCAACAGCAACAACAGCAGCAGCAGCAACAACAACAACAACAACAGUUGCAGAUGAUGAUGGUACAGCAAAGCACUGCUUUGAUGGGUUUAAUAGAAAAACUUAGAAAAAAAAUAGAGCAUUUUUAUCUAAAGUAG